UUUUUUACAUGACGUGAACGACGCAUUUUGUCCAGGUUGGCUUGCCAUAGUGUCCUGGGAGCAGUGUCCGAGACUAUCGUGUAGUGGUAUAUCUAGUGUGUCAGACAGACAGUAGAGCAAACAGUGUUGAGAGUCAUUGCCAUGGAGCUGUACCUGGACCUCUAUUCUCAGCCCUGCCGCUCCGUCUACAUAUUCGCCUCAAAGAACAACAUCCCCUUUGAGUUCAAGAAGCUGUCUCUGAUGGAAGGCGAGCAGUAUGGAGAAGAAUUUGGGAAGAUCAACCUAAUAAGAAAAGUCCCUGCUCUGCGAGAUGGAGACUUCUGCCUGGCUGAGAGCAUUGCCAUCCUGCUGUAUCUGGCAGAGAAGUUUAAGACUCCGGAUUUCUGGUACCCAGCUGACCUCCACCAACGCGCUUGCAUCAACGAGUAUCUGUCAUGGCAGCACACAGCUAUCCGUCUGCAUGGAUCCAAGGUGUUCUGGCUCAGGCUUUUGAUUCCCAAGGUUCUGGGCGUGGAUGUCCCGCAGGACAAGUUGGAUUCAGCCUUGGAGGACUUAUAUGGAUCCUUGAAACUCCUGGAGGAAAAGUUUAUCCAGGACAAGCCAUUCAUUGCAGGAGAUAACAUCUCAUUGGCUGAUCUGGUUGCCAUUGUGGAGGUUAUGCAGCCUGUUGGAUCAGGCCUGGAUGUGUUUGAGGGCAGACCCAAACUGAGUGCAUGGCGGGACAGAGUCCAGGCUGCAGUUGGGAAGGAGCUGUUUGAUGACGCCCACCAGUCCCUCCUGGGAGCCCAGGACAGUGUGACAUUGAUGGAUGCCAGCAAGAUGCAGUUCCUCAAGCCCAAGAUCCUCAAAUUGUUCAUGUGAAGAGAACAUUGGUUCAGUCCAAACUAGCUUGGUAAAUGUUGUGGUAACUCAUUACAGUCAGCGUUGAUAAGUUGUAUGAUUCGGGUACCAAUAAAAUACUAUGGGGAACAA